GAAGGAAGCGCACGUGAUGCAUGGCUGAGUGAAGAGAAGGGAGUGGCUUUACGCUCCACAUCUACCUGUGACUCUCGGAGCUGGACUUUGAACUGUGGGAAGGUAACAGGAAAAUCCAAACGGCUCAGCUGUGCAAGUAUAAAUACUCUUCUGCAGAUGAGAUGAUAGUGUGGGAAGAUCUUUGAAGACGUUACCUGAGGAUGGCGGGUGAUACAAGCACCCUUUCCUGGAAGGUACCCUCUCAGGAUUGGGAUGGGGGCAUUAAAAGCCCAGACCUUGGUCCUGUUGGAGAAGGUGGCCCUGUGAAGAUCAUCAAAGUGUGCUUCAGUAGCAGCAAUAAUCUCAGCAAAAACUUCAAACUGGUCAAAUGUGACAGCUCAUGGCAGAUCAAGACGAUUAUCCAGUCUAUUCUGAACAGUGGGCGAUUGGGCCCAAAUGUGCAGAAUCCAGGCUGCUUUGGGUUGAGACUCAAACAUCUUAAAUCUGAGGAGUUGCACUGGUUGCACCCAGAUCUUACUGUGGGAGAGGUGGAGCAGCGGUACGAGAGCCAUCACGCAGAGGCUGAGUGGAGAUAUGACCUUAGAAUUCGUUACAUUCCUCCUGAUUAUAUGAAAAGGUUAAAAGAAGACAGAACCUUCUUGUUAUAUUUCUAUCAACAGGUGAGGUGUGACUACAUGCAGCAUCAUGCUAACAAAGUUAGUGAUGGAAUGGCUCUACACCUGGGCUGUUUAGAGAUUAGGCGUUUUUAUAAAGACAUGAAUGCCAAAGGUUUAGAGAAAAAGACGAAUUUUGAUCUUCUAGAGAAAGAAGUUGGUCUGGAUCUGUUCUUUCCCAAGGGACUUAUUGACAGUAUGAAGCCUAAGCAAUUGAGAAAGCUCAUCCAGCAAACCUUUCAGCAGUACUCUACAUUGAAAGAGGACGAGUGUAUGAUAAAGUUCUUUGAAACCUAUGGAGAGUUUUCCAACUUUGAUGAGGAAGUCUUUCAGUGUGAACUCGUGCAAGGAUGGAGUCUAGCAGUGGAUUUAGUCAUUGGUCCAAAAGGUAUUCGUCAGCGCACCAAAACGGACUCCACGCCGGUCUUUCUCGCCGAAUACAAACAGAUCCGAAGCAUCAAGUACAAUACACAAAGUGAUGGCAAAACAUUAUUACUCAUUGAUAUUGAGGGUGCCAGACAGAAUCUCUCGAUCAGUGUGGCGUCUCUGGCCAUCGCAGAAAACAUGGCCGACCUGAUUGAUGGCUACAGUCGGUUUAUAAACAACACAGACUCUUCUUUGAUGGCUAAAGCAAAUAAAGGUAAACCACAAAGUGCGCCAUUGCGCAACUCUCUUCCUGACAUUCCCUCCGGAAAGAAAACGGACUCCUUCAGAUACAGCAAUUCUGAUAUAUACUGUGAAAUCCCGGAUGAAAAACCUCCACCACCUGCAAAGGUUGGACUCUUGAGGAAAGAAAUAGUCUUGAAAAGUUUGCUGGGUGAAGGUUUCUUUGGAGAAGUUCAUGAAGGAGUUUAUCAGAAAAAGAAUGGAGAGAAAAUCAGUGUUGCAGUGAAGACUUGUAAGGAAUGUGCUCCUGAUGUCAGAGAGAAGUUUGUGGGCGAAGCAGUUAUCAUGAAGAACUUGGACCAUCCAAACAUAGUGAGACUAAUAGGCGUGAUUGAGGAAGACCCUGUAUGGAUUGUCAUGGAGUUGUGUCAGCUAGGGGAGCUGGGGAAAUACUUGAGUAAAAAUCAGCAGAGUUUGAGCAGCGUGACACUCGUUCUCUUCAGUCUACAGAUUUGCAAAGCGCUGGUCUAUCUGCAAGGAGUAAACAUGGUCCACCGAGACAUAGCUGUACGAAAUGUGCUUGUUGCCACACCUGAAUGUGUGAAGCUGGGUGACUUUGGUCUUUCCAGAUACAUAGAGGAUGAGGAAUAUUACAAAGCAUCUGUUACCCGUUUACCUAUCAAAUGGAUGGCACCUGAAUCCAUUAACUUCAGGCGCUUCACAGCAGCCAGUGAUGUGUGGAUGUUUGCUGUGUGUGUGUGGGAGAUCAUGAGUCGUGGUAAACAGCCAUUCCACUGGCUGGACAACCGUGAUGUCAUAAAUCAGUUAGAACAGGGCAACAGGCUGCCCAAACCCGAACAGUGUCCUCCUGCCCUCUACUCCCUGAUGACAUGCUGCUGGAGCUACGACCCUCGCGAGAGACCCACCUUCACUGAACUCGCCUGCAAUAUCAGUGACGUACACCAAAUGGAGAAGGAGUUGGAGGUGGAGAGAGAAAGAGACAAAGCUCGUAUGACUCGGUUCAUCGAGCCUAAGUUUAGUGAACCACCACCAAAGCCUUCCAGAAUCAAUACAAGCCGUUUUGGAAAUACCCUUGGAGUCGGCCUGCACCUUCAGCUGAAUGAGGCCUUGUGUGCCAGUUCACCAGACCUAGCCAGCCCAUGUGAUUACCAGUCACCUAUUGACUCAACCAACAGCCUGUCUCUUCCCAAGGCCUCGCCCCGACGCCUCAGUCUCGGACAGGAGGCUGAGUUCAGCUUUGUGCCGCCCAGUAAGGAAGACGCCCAGCGGCUUUGGCAGGCGGAGAAGGAGCGCAUGCAGGAAACUUUGAUGAUGCAGAAAGAACAGAUGGAAGAAGACACAAAAUGGUUAAAGAAAGAGGAAAAGCUUCUGGAUCCAAUGGUUCAGGAGGGCACAAAACUUCCUGAGACACCUGAACCAUCACUUAAUAAUGCGGAUCUUCGUCUGCCUCCUUCAAAGCCACCCAGAAUAGCAGUGCAGCCUGCACCUACAGCAGAGCUGGACCGCUCAGGGGACAGCGUGUACCAGUACGUCAUGGAAGUUGUUAAGGUGGUUGUGCAGCUAAAAAACGACAUAAACACACUGCCAUCUACUGAGUACAUCUCUCCUGUCAAGAAUGUUGGUCUCUCGUUACGAAAUCUGAUCAACAGUGUGGAUGAUAUACUGCCAACACUGCACCAGUCUUGUAGGAUGGAGAUCGAGGGCACGCAAAAGUUGUUGAAUAAGGACUUGGCUGAGCUUAUCAGUAAGAUGCGUCUGGCCCAGCAGAACUCCAUCACCUCUCUGAAAGAAGAGUGCAAGAAACAAAUGCUGGCAGCCGCCCAUAGUUUGGCCAUGGAUGCCAAGAACCUGUUAGACUCUGUAGACCAGGCACGUGUGCGCUCAAACCUGGCCAAACCCAAACCAGAGGACGCCGCCUCAGAGGAGACAGACUAGAGACUUAAACAAACAUGAGUCACAGUUUUAUGAUGAGACAGGAAUACAGUCUGCUUGUAUAAGAUGCUAUUGUAAUGCAAUAACGCAGGAGGAUGUAAACACAACGAGACAUAAAACUGCCUCAAUUUCAACUGCCUCACAUUUUUACAGCUCUCUUUGACAGUCACGUUGAGCUCUCUUUGUAAAGUUGUAUCAUUAUAAAAACCUUAUCUUUUUAGUUUAGGACUUUUUUUCCCUAUAUUUUGUCUGGAGAAAAAAAAUGUAGAGAGAGGUUAAGAAUUUGCUUGCAUUUCUAUUGAUAUUGUGUCUGAAAAAUAACGGAAAACAUAAUCCAGCAAAUAUGCUUUUCUAAAAUUUGGAGUUUGCAAAUGUCAUUAAAAUAUAUGUUAACUUCA